ACCAGCUGUAACGUAUACUCCCACUUGAUUGUACGUGGAUGCAAUCUACUAGUUCCAUCAACCGCACCCGAAGUGCUAGCAACAGACGCCCUGGGAAGCUUUUUUCACAUCCCCAAUAUGCUCGGUUGAAGCGCCGUGACUGCCACUUGCAGAAAGUAUAGGUUGUGACUCAGUUAGCAUCCACGGCUCGAGAGUUAGACCGUAGAAUUGUGCACUGAUCUCAUCAUGUGGCGUUUGACGUUCUCAACGUUCUUGGUCGGCAUGGUGAUUUCUCAGAUGGCAGAGGAGACCUGCAAGGAAGGUGAGGGCUCCGCACUGAUGCAAUUGAAGCAAGGAGACUUCCCUUGAUUGAUACGGCACGUUUUCGUGUCACCUACAACAUCCUAAAGCAGCCUAGAACCUUUGCCACAUGGAACCACAUGUCUCGGCCAGCUUUGGAGACGUCUUGCCGGAUUCCCCAGGAGAGAAGACGAAGGCGGAGACAGAGCUUCCUUGGUGGGCUUGGGUGAAGGUCUUGGAUGAUGACAAAAAGCCAGAACCGGCGAAAGUCUUUCCUUGUGAAGAUGCAGAGCCACAGUCCCUGCGGAAUGUUAGUCGGGACUUCGUUGGCUUGGGAGAUGAGUUUCCAAACCUUAUCCACCUGAACACGCACUUCCACUUGGGCGCAGAACAUGUGAACGUGGAAGCUGGCGGCUACUCUCUUGCCGUGGAAGAGGCUAUGAGGAAGCCCGAGAAUAUCAUUCCGGAUGACAUUCGUCCUGGCUAUUUCUGCGAUCGCGUUGAAGCCGAACCUGCACCACCUGCUACUUUGGAUCCAUAUGAGUUCAAACACUGCAAGAAUGUGAAAGUGGGAUACACCUAUGAGUUCCACUGGGUCUAUUCACGUGCCGGGCCCAAGAUGGCAUCUUGACAGGUGGCUUGGGUGGUGUGCUUGCUCGAGACUUGAACCCAUCAGUGCUGGUGCGUGGACAGGCCUGUCGCAUUGUGGCCAUGUCUUGUGGCCAAUAGGGUCUUUGACAGAUAUUCUAAUGGAUGGCUGUGCAUGAGGCCCCGGGAAGUCCAUUGCGCAGUUGUCUAUAUAUGGGUCAGUUCACGAUAAUCUUUUCUUGAACUCUUUGGAAGCUAGGCUGUGGCCUCCGAAACACCAGACUUGCUUGGUGCUUUGCAAUAAGCCUCAACCUAAUUAUAUAGCUUCACUUUAAGGUCGGAUAAUGCUUAUCAUGUAGCGCCAUGUUGAGAGAUGCUCAGAGACUGGCAUGCUUCAGGUUCGAGGCCUUAGUGUGGCCGUAAUGUAGCUUUCUUGCUGGGCGGGUAUGAGCCGAACCUGCCCACAAAGGUCCACCAGUGGUCUAUUUUCCCAGAUGUUGUUUGAGUGGGUUUAGUUGGUCCCGCGACCUUCCGACAAAGCAUUGGCGCAAUGUAGCAGGAGCAGUUGAAGGACCUUUGAAAGUAGCCUAAGUGCAGAGGAAGGAAAAUGCUUCCCCAUACUACUCUGCUGAAUGAGGAGUGGCACAAGUUCGACAUGUACUGUACAGAAGCAACAUUGACCACGUGACAGCCUAUGGAUGCUUGCAAUUCUUACGAUGCUUGCAUACCAGCCGUGACGUAUACUCCCUUGAUUGCGCGUGGAUACAAUCUACUUGUUCCACCUACCGGUGCCAGCAACAGACCCCCUGGCAAGCUGUUGCGCAUACCCAAAUAUGCUCGGUUGAAACACUGUGACUGCCACUUGCAGAAAGUAUAACUCGUGACUGAGUUGUGGGUCAAAAAUCUGUUCAGCUCAGGUGAAGAUGUCCAACCCUCUCGAGAUCACCAAUCCUCGGGUCUUCUUCCUCACCAAAUUUCUGAGCUGAUGGAUCUUAUUUGUGGUCUGCGGGUGGGCUUUGCGAAAGAUCAGCCUCAGAAACACUGCUUGGGGACUCACUGAACAAGUGCAAAGCUCUAUGCCUGUUUUGGUUGUUUGUUUGCCAUCCAUCUGAAAUCACCCCAUAAGCCACACGAAACAACAAGAAUCGAAGGCGGACCUGUUUCAGGAGCUGAAACAAUCUCUUAAAGCAGGAGGUCUUCCUUGGACAAAAUUGGCAAACGUGCAGCACAGUCCGCC